UCUUUCCUUAACCUUAGGUAUCUGUUUAUUCACUCAUUUAGUUUAAAUUUCAAUCAGAUAUUUCCAUUCGUUUAAGUUAAUUAUGAAGUCUUUUUCUUUAAUCGCUCUUUUAGCCUUGGCUACUAGCUCUUUGGCUGCUCCUUUGGAAGGCCACCAACACCACCACCAUCAAGACAAAAGAGCCGUGGUCACCCAAGUUGUUUACGUUGACUCCCAAGGUAAACAAGUGACACCUUCCCAAUCGGCUGCUUCUUCUGCUGGGGGUGCUUCUUCCACCUUGACCUCUGUCACUUCAUCUGCCACUGCUGCUGCCUCUUCUUCCAGUGCCUCUUCUUCCAGCUCUUCAUCCACUUCUGGCUCCUCUACUUCCUCCAGUUCUUCCAGCUCCAGUUCUGGUUCUGGUUCUUCCGGUUCCGGUUCUAUUUCUGGUGACUUGUCUGCUUAUGAAGAUCCUUCCGAAACCUUUGAAGAUGGUAAGUACGACUGUGACACUUUACCAACCGGUCAAGGGGUUAUUGCCAUUGACUGGAUCUCCGGUACCAAGGGUGGUUGGGCCUCUGUUAUGAAUGAAGACGGGGAAACCUCUUCUACUUGUAAAGACGGUUACUACUGUUCUUAUGCUUGUCAAGCUGGUAUGUCCAAGACCCAAUGGCCUUCUGAACAACCUUCGUCUGGUAUUUCUGUUGGUGGUUUACAAUGUAAAAACGGUAAGUUGUACAAGUCCAACUCGGAUUCUGAUUAUUUAUGUGCUUGGGGUAAAGAUACUGCCGAAUUUAAAUCAAACAUUAAAAAAGAUGUUGCUAUCUGUAGAACCGAUUAUCCAGGUUCUGAAAACAUGAACAUUCCAACCUUGUUAGAAGCUGGUUCUACCGCUCCAGUUUCGGUUGUUGAUUCUUCCAAAUACUACACCUGGAAAUCCGGUAAAACUUCCACUCAAUACUACGUUAACAAUGCUGGUGUUUCUGUUGAAGAUGGUUGUAUCUGGGGUACUGAUGGUUCUGGUGUUGGUAACUGGGCUCCAGUUGUCUUGGGUGCUGGUAUUACCGAUGGUAAAACUUACUUAUCUUUGAUUCCAAAUCCAAAUAAUAAAGAUACUCCAAACUAUAAUAUUAAAAUUAAAGGAACUAAUGGUGCUUCCAUUAAUGGUGAUUGUUCUUAUGAAGAUGGUCAAUACAACGGUCACGGUACUGACGGUUGUACUUCUACCCUUUCUUCUGGUAAAGCUCAAUUUGUUUUUUACUAAAUUAAUCCCUAAUGUGUUUCUACCUAUACCAUAUUAAAGUUUCUGUUAUAUUAAUUUAUCUCUAUUUAAAAAUGCACCUUUUUCUGCAGCUCUGAUUCUCUCUUACUCUCCCCCUUAUUUUUUUUAACUAAUCUUGUAUUAUUUCCUGAUACCUUUUUGUUUUUUCAUUCGUCUCAGUGGUGUAGAUAGUUACACUGGUGCUC